AUGUCGGAUGCUGGAGAUCGUAGCUCGCGACGCUCGUCCAGGGCUGCUGCCAGUAGGCCACACUCGCCUCCGAGAAGCCCUCCGAUCGAAGUCGCAGGUUCAAGUUCUAGGACUCCAGAGUUCCUGGAGCGGCACAACAAUGAUGCCCAAAUUGUCGGUCACCCUCCGAGUACCCCUUCACCGAUUGCCAUCGCUGCAGCAUACUCACCAUCAUGUCGACUUCGACAGCCUCAGGACCAGUCUUCAGCCGCCCCCAACCUUUCAGUCGACCUCAGAGAGGUCGAGUAUGUCUCUAACGUAGACGACAACUUGGUCUGUCUGAUCUGUCACUGCCCCUUCGUUGAGCCGCGCAUCCUGUCGUGCGAUCAUGCGUUCUGCAAGGAAUGUCUGGUUCAGGCCUUCGCUGUCCAGCGUCCCACACAUACGACGUGCCCGACCUGCCGCACUCCGGCCAAGCUCGAGGACUGCUCCCAGAAAGUCCACCGAAUGACCGAACGCAUGCUGGACGAGUUGGUUAUAAAGUGUCCAAAUAGCUACCUGGGUUGUGGCUGGGCCGAAAAAAGAGUUGACGUACAAGACCACAUUGAGCUAUACUGCAGCUAUACCAUGUUGGCGUGUCCUGACAGGGACUGCAAGCUUCAGAUCCUAGCAAAGGACUUUCAUCGUGGCUGCCUGCAUGGCACCGAUCACAUGAAGAAGUCGUGCGAGAAUCGCAUGACUACCUGUAAUGAAUGCCAGAAAGAGCUUGUUCGCGUUGACUUGCCGUCCCACCUUGCCGAGUCCUGUCCAAAGGCUAUCAUACCCUGCACCGGCGAGCCUAUCGGCUGUGACUUCAAGGCUGAGCGUGUUGACGUCUUGAAGCAUACACCAGAUUGUCCCAUGGUAAAGAUGUAUCCUCACUUCGCCGCACAGAACGCCAAGAUUGAGGAGCAGGGCAAGGCUCAGAAGCUUAUGAAUCGCAAGAUCAACAUUCUGGAAGGUAGCAUGUCAGCUCUUCAAGACAUGCUUACUCCAGGAAACGUGCCGUCUUCAUUGUCUGAUAUGAACGAUCUGACCGGGGCUCCUUUCGACUCUGGCAUUCAUCACGUCCUGUCAGUCAAUGAAACGCUUCGUGAGGAAGUCGACCGCACAACUAGUGCCCUGGCAGAGUUGGACGGCCGCUUAACCAUGACGGUGUUGAAUGAACAGAGUCGUACUAGGGACGAGCUCUUGCACAUCAAUCAUGCCAUUGGAUCCAUGCGAGUGCAGCUUCAAUGGCUAAUCAGCGCGCGUAUACAGGCUCAGGGACGUGUUUCGGGCAGUUCAGUUCCAAGUGCUAGCGGACCUUCCGGGUCUGCCAGCGCCGGUUCUAGUUCCGGGGUCAACCUGCAGCCUGUCCGUCGACUGAGCGAUCCGAACCGUCAAGACCCCAAGCUAUAAGCUGGUUAUCAAGCAGGCAAGCACACUUUACGAAAUUAUGAAUUAUUGACUACUCAAAAAAAGGCGUUCUCAAAAGCGGAAAAGACUUCUGGCGGUUGAAAAGUUCUGCUCACACGGGGGUGUUUGGAGGCUCAAUCAUCGAAAAAUGGAUUUGUUGUUGAUAUCAUGAUUCCGCGAAAAGGCGAAAAACGAUUGGCGGAGCCACAUGACUUUCAGCGUACUCAGUUUGUCAGGACGCAGUUUAGAGAUUAGGAUACCCGGGUUGUAUUUGGAGUCGGAUGGAUGGAGCUGGCGUACUAGUAGAGCAGGCUUCACGACUCGACUCUUCGUCAUAUGGUGUGUGGCCCAAGGCGUUGUCGGACAGGUGUCUGUCUGUAGAACACAUCGUCUUGAGACGAACAUUUGAAUGCAAAACCUCAGGAGGAAUUGCACAGGUCGGAGAGAUAGCAUCAACUCAACUCAAAC